AUGCCUCACGCAACCGACGAAACUGAAAAUUCUACCAAUGCUUCAUCUGGCCCACGCCGGAUUAUUCUUUGCUUUGAUGGCACCGGGAACCACUUUCAGGGCAAUGAGUCAGACACCAAUAUUGUGAAGAUCUACCAGAUGCUUGAUCGACACAAGGAAGGUCAAUUCCAUUAUUACCAACCGGGGAUUGGUACCUACAUCAAAGGUCAAGGUAACAGUGCGACACGCGGGAAGAUAUUGCCCAAAGUCAAGUCAAGUAUCAUCAAUACAGUCGACCAGGCAGUUGGUACCUCUUUCCAGCAGCAUGUUUUGGCGGGCUACCACUUCGUCAUGCGUUACUAUCAACCGGGAGACCACAUCUACAUUUUCGGUUUUUCUCGUGGCGCCUAUACGGCCCGGUUCCUCGCUGAGAUGAUACAUGAUCUUGGUCUCCUAUCGAAGGGAAACGAGGAAAUGGUCCAAUUUGCUUGGGAUACAUUCAGCGACUUCCAACAAUCUCGUGGCAAUGAUCCUCAGACUGAAAAGGAUGACAAGCUAAAGGCUUACAUGUUGAAUUUCAACAAGACUUUUGCCGGCCAAAUUGUGGGUCAAUUUGAAAUUCCGCUUUUCCGCAAAUCCUACAAGGUCAUUGCAAACCCACCAGCACGAUACAUCCGGCAUGCCGUGGCCAUCCAUGAGAGAAGGCUGAAGUUUAAGCCAGCUCUAUUCCACAUUGAUCCGAAUGGCCCACCUGUUGACCUUAAAGAGGUCUGGUUUGCCGGUAACCACUGCGACAUCGGCGGUGGUUAUGGACUCGAAAAGGGCCAAAAGCAUUUACUUUCCGACUCGGUAUUGAACUGGAUGCUUCAAGAGGUGCUCAACCUCGAGGGGUCGGAGAGUAAAUUGCAAUUCCAGACUCUGAAUGUGGACGACGUAUCGAAAGCUGAAAACGCAUUCCCCGGAAAGGAGGAACCUGGCACUGAUGCGUUCUCACUUCGGAGGAAGACCAAUCAACCCCAUGAUACCCUCCGAUUCGGUCAUGGUACCCCUUUCAUUAUGGUUCUACUUUGGUGGAUCCUUGAAAUCCUGCCAAUUUUCACCCGCCUUGAGCUGGAGAAUGGCAAAUGGAUCCCGCGUCGUCUGCCUCCAAACUUGGGAGCACCACGGGACUUGCCCAGUGAUGCUGUCAUCGAUCCAAGUGUCAAGGAGAUGAUUCAAGCGGGCAUUCUGGACAAGGAGUCUAUUCCUCCCAGAGGCGGAGACAACCCCAAUUUGCCCAACGUCGCGAACAUCACCUACACCUGGAGCAAACUGCGCAACAGACUAUCUAAUCAAGCGUCAAACGCCUCCAAAGACAGCGCUGCAGAUGACACCAAGAGUGCUCUCCGCAAUGCAAUGCCAGUUCCAGCCAAGACAACUCGCUGA